CCGUGCAGGUAGCAUGUAGCAGCUGCAGAUUCAAGCGACUUUUCUGGAUCUUGCUGCCUGCUACGAGAUUAAAACGAUAAUGCGAGGUUCACUGACGACCCUGUGAGUAGUAACGAUGACGAUGUGACAGCCAGCCGUGUCUCGGUGGUGUUGUUGCGGAGCAGUGCAUGUCCCGUCCGCAGGAGGUGGAGGAGGGCAGGCGGAGGGUCUGAGCUCUGUGUCGGUGUCCGGGAUGGAGACCUGGACCCCCAAUCCCCGAGCUAAGCCUUUUAUCCCCCGCCAGCAAAGAAGCCUGUACCUCACCUGGAAGUACAAAUUAACCAACAAGAGGACGAUUCGUCGGUUCUGUCAGGCUGGCGCUGUGUUGUUUCUGCUGAUAACAGUCAUAGUCAACAUUAAACUCAUCUUGGACACAAGAAGAGUAGCGAAUGAGGAUGCAGCAGCUCAAGAAUAUGAGGACACGAUACCCAACAUGGAGACACCACGCAGGCCGGCUAAUGGACGCAAGGUCCUGGACAUUGAAGUGUACUCCAGCCGCUCCAAGGUCUACGUGGCAGUGGACGGCACCACUGUGUUGGAGGACGAUAUGCGGGAGCAGGGCAGAGGCAUUCAUGUGAUUGUUCUCAACCAGGCAACUGGUCAUGUCAUGGCCAAGAGGAUAUUUGACACCUACUCUCCCCACGAGGACGAAGCCAUGAUCCUCUUCCUCAACAUGGUGACCCGGGGCCGAGUCCUCAUCUUCACCAUAAAGGAUGAGGGCACGUUCCACCUGAAGGAUGCUGCUAAGAACCUGCUGAAGAGUCUGGGCAGCCAGGUGUCCCUCAACCUCAGCUGGAGGGACAUGUGGACUCUGGUGGUGAAGAAAGGAGGUCAGGUGUAUGGAGAGAAGCACUCAAAGUCUCCAGCUCUGUCCACCUGGGGAGACCCGGUGUUGCUGAAGACUGAGGUGCAGCUCACUGCCUCUGAAGAGGCAGAGUGCCACUGGGCAGACACCGAGCUCAACAGGAGGAGAAAGCUCUUCUGCAGCAAAGUGGAAGGAUACGGCAGCAUCUGCAGCUGCAAAGACCCGGCGCCCAUCGAGUUCAACCCUGACCCUCUGCCCAACAAUAACGUUAUUAAUGUCCCAGUGGCUGUCAUAGCAGGGAACAGACCCAACUAUCUCUACAGGAUGCUGAGGUCGCUUCUUUCAGCUCACGGCGUCAACCCGCAGAUGAUCACUGUCUUCAUCGAUGGAUAUUAUGAGGAGCCUAUGGAUGUCGUAGAGCUGUUUGGACUGAAGGGAGUUCAGCACACACCAAUCAGCAUCAAGAAUGCCAGAGUGUCCCAGCACUACAAGGCGAGUCUGACUGCAACCUUCAACCUUCAUCCAGAGGCCAAUUUUGCCAUCGUCCUUGAAGAAGACCUGGAUAUCUCCAUUGACUUCUUCAGUUUUCUGAGUCAGACCAUCCACCUGUUGGAUGAGGAUGACAGCCUGUACUGUAUCUCAGCCUGGAAUGACCAGGGCUAUGAGCACACAGCAGAAGACCCAGCUUUGCUGUACAGGGUAGAGAGUAUGCCCGGCCUGGGCUGGGUGCUAAAGAAGAGCCUCUACAAGGACGAGCUGGAGCCAAAGUGGCCGACACCUGAGAAGCUGUGGGACUGGGACAUGUGGAUGCGAAUGCCGGAGCAGAGGAAAGGCAGAGAGUGCAUCAUCCCCGACGUGUCCCGCUCGUACCACUUCGGCAUCAUCGGCCUCAACAUGAACGGAUACUUUCAUGAGGUAUAUUUCAAGAAACACAAGUUCAACACUGUUCCAAAUGUGCAGCUGAAAAGCGUCGACAGUUUAAAGAAAGACGCUUAUGAAGUGGAGAUCCAGAACCUACUGAAGGAAGCAGAGGUGCUGGACCACACUAAGAACCCAUGUGAGGACUCGUUCCUGCCAGACUCUGAGGGGAAGACCUAUGUCAUGUUCAUUAAGAUGGAGACAGAGACGGACACAUCCACCUGGACAGAGCUCGCCAAGUGCCUCCAUGUUUGGGACCUGGAUGUUCGGGGAUACCACAGAGGCCUGUGGCGGCUCUUCAGAAAACGUAAUCAUGUCCUGGUGGUGGCUGUGCCAAUCUCCCCAUACUCUGUGAAGAAACCAGCCAGUGUCACUCCCAUUCACUUAGAGCCUCCACCCAAAGAAGAGGGAGCACCAGUGGAGCAGUUAUAGACCUGAUGUCACACGCACGCACACACGCACGCACACACACACACACACACACACACACUUCAACCAGUCCAGGCCUUAACUCGUCUUCACCAACAACCACUAAUAAUCCAGCCUGGGACUCACAACUACAAAACUGACUUUUCUCAAAAGUUGAACUUGUGUACGAGAGGGUACCUGGGAAAUGGAGUCAAAUUUUUGUCUUUCUUACUUUUAAACAAAAGAGGGAUUAACACUACAAACUGCACUACUAAAGCCGUCCAAAAGCUUGAGGAGGAACUGUGAUGCUAAACCCUGUUUUGAACAAUCAAAACAGUAUAUGACUGUCAACAGCUGUCUGUUUCUGUUUCCGUGACAACUGUGGGCUGAACCCACGGUCGGUUACAUUUCAAUUCAAGCUGAGACUUUUCGGCAAGAACGGUGCAAACACUACAAACGCACACUCACCUAUUUCAGCCAGUUUUUCCCUUUAGUUUGUCGUGUUUUUUGACUACUGAGUGAGUUGUUCAUUUUGUACAUAUGUUUUAACUUAUCUCUAUUUAUUUUACAUCUGUCAAUCAAAAAGGACUUUGUUUGGGAUCUGUUGCAUUUUUUUUAGAUCCACUUUUAUCAAGAUCAGUGCAUUUUUUAAGAGCCUAACGUUUACAGAUAAUGAAAUAAUAAUGUAUAUACAUGCCUAUAUAUUUUUUGAUGAAAAAUUUAAAGGGUCAGCAUAUUUUUCAGCGUUAAGUUUGAGUGAAAGAGUUGAUAACAGCCCUGUGGGUUUUUGCUAUUUUUGACUGCUUGGGUCAGUUGCUUCGGAUCAGGUUUCAUGAGAGGAUCUCAGUGGUGGCUGAAAGAAACAAAAAAUGAAAAUAUGAACAGGACUUCACAGCGCACACUGCAUUUAGAAGCAAUCUAAUACAGUAUUCCUAUUUUGAUUGUGCCACAGUGAUGCUUACAAACAGAAACAGAAAAAAGACCUCUUUGUUUUCAGUUCUUAAUUUUAAAUUCUAAAAACAAAAAUCCAGUUUUUGAUGUGGCAAAGGCAAAAUAUCGUGUCAAAAAAUGUACUAAAGUUGGUUACCAUGGUAAGUAUUGUGUUGGUGCUGGAUUUAAAAGUUUGUGUUAGCACCAGCAUAGAAAAUGUUCAAACAAUACCAAGCCCUUUACUCAGACAUUUACACUACAAAUUGAAAGUGGAAAAUCUAAAAAAAUCUAAACAAAAAUGAUGAUAAUAAAAAAAGUAUAUUAAAUUCUGUUGAUAAUUUUAGUUCCCCGGUGAAAUUUUAGUUACAUUUUCUUGCUUCAUUAAUUGCCUUUUUGAUUUAGAAAUGCUUAUUCUUAUAAGAAACGAUAACAAAAUGUACUUGUCAGUCUCGCAAGAUACUGUUCAUUUUAAUUGCGUGUCGAGCUUUCUGUUUUUUAUUUGCAUGAUGUUCCUCAAUGCAGUGUAUGUUUCAAAUCAAUGAAAAAUUAGCUUGUUGUCCUAGUGUGCAGAGUUUUGGCCUCUCUCAGCCACCAUCACAGCUGGAGGCUCCAACGCUUGAACAGAAAGUAGCAACUUUAGUCAGUUCAUACACUCUUCAUCUAGACAGAAGACAGAAAGUCCAUCUGCGUAUUUAAAGGCUACAGGUAAUGGGUUAUAAAUAUUGAAAUAUGAAGGAGCAACAUCACAGAGGAGACAGGCAGAUAUUUAAGGGGUCCAAAUGUAUUUACCUAUUUUUUUUGUUGCGUCCUACAAAUGGAGUGGAAAUGUUGGGAGGUAUGAUCUAAAAUAUCAUCAGCCAUUUGUAAACAACCAAAUCUAUAUUAGAGAUGUGACUUUAAAACUAUAAAAAUCUUUAAACAGAAGAUGAGGGAGAUUGUAUUUUUUUCCUCAUUCCGACAUCUGAUUUUUAUGAGAUAAAUUAUGAUUAUGUAGCUCUCUUGAGAUUUGGCUCUUGUAUUAUGAGACCCUAAGUCAUAGUUGAUUGACAACGCCUCCAGUGUUCUUUGAUGAAUGCAAUAUGUUCUGUACAAUUAAGAUCAACAACGCUAAAAUUAUGUUGUACAACUUGGACUAAUAAUUUCUCUCUGCAGUUUAUCAAGAAAGGACUGAAAAGCAGAAUCAGUAUUAUUAUCAAAAUACUAAGCCAUUUAUAAACACCUAAUAAGCAGUUUAUAACACUAUAAUGUAGCUAUAAGCAAACAAAAAUUAGUGUACCAGUGUGUCAGCAAUUAAAACCCCCCCUUAUGAAGCAUCACUAACGGUCAGCGAUACUGUGCAAUUGUAGCCCAGGAGACUAUGUGCAGAGGGUCUGAGUACCAAGCUGCGCACCUCAAGAUUUUGUGACAGUACAGGCGGUGUCGCACAGACCGCGUCAUUGGCUAGCUACAGGACUCAGACGUGGUUAUACAGUGGUGCAGGAAUGAGUCCUAAAACCCAGUAAUGAUUCAGCAUUUUAGCACUCCCCGUUCCCCCGUCUUCAAGUCAGUCAGUCAGUUGGUUAGAUGCAUGAGAAAAAGGUCUUUGGUAAACAAAAGCUUAACAGACUUUCAUGUUUUGUUCUACGACAUAAAAUACGUCAGUAAAUAUCCUCUAUCUUGGAUUUUGAAACUUCUUAAAAAAGGCAAUUGCCAACAAUUCAUCACAUGGAACAUGGCUUUGUUGUAGUUGUUGUAGUUCGUUCAUAGCCAAAUAACAUCUUUGUACUUCUGGCGAUUGCAUUUAAACCUAAAAAAUCAAAAGUGCUGUUAAUUUGUAUAGAUUAUCUUGGUGAACAAAGCGUGUAGGUAUCCCAAACUUUUGUUUGCCACAGAGUUUAUUUUUUGCAGUAAUCCAAAACCCAGUUGAAAAAUCCCAUAGGCUUUUUGGCGAGGGAACCAGAGUGAUGCUAACUUCCAUGUUGGCCUACAGAAAAAUGUCAAUCCUGUAGCAUCAUUGACUGUAUAUAAAGAUGGACAUGGACUUGGAAUUUUGAGUUUGGCCCAUGUCCUGUCCGCUAACAUCGUGGGGGCGAAGUGUUUGACCUAUACGGCAGCUUCCAGCUACUUGACAAAUAAAAAACAAAAUUAGCAGCAUGGUGGUCUUCUUGACUAAUGAAUGUUCUAAAGGGGACAGAGCUCUGGAACUGCUAAGGUACAUAAUCAAGGUAAUUUAAGCCAAGUAGGGAAAAAAACUAUAUCAAUGUUUAUAGGCUGCCCGAGGUUAUGACAGUUUCAGCCUGUAACACACCACAGAAGCUGACAUCUUUAAACUCUCACUGACACACUUAUUUCUGCUUGUAACUACAUAAUAGUGUUAUUUUCUUAAUAUACUAUUUAUGAAUAUUAAUCUUUCAGUGCUCAUCCCAAUUGUGUUCUGACCAGUUUUUUUUUCUUUACUCUGGCUUUUAAGUGAUUUUAAGCUGGUGUAACAAUGUACCGACUAAACGAAUGAGUGUAUCACGUUUCAACGCAUCGAUCAGUAUUUGCAGAGUGGUUUGAUUUUAAUGUGUGUAUUGUGUGUUCAGAAAACCACAUAUUUACUAUCUGCAGUAAGAGAAUCCUGUUAGACAGAACCAUUUAUUCAGCAGUAUUACAACCUGUGUCGUGACUGAAUUAAUGUCCAUGUGUGUCCUGGAAAUUUCAUUUUGGUUUCAAGAAAAUGAACAAGUAGAAUCUGCCCACUUUCUAAUAUACUUUUUUCAUUUUUGUCUUUUCAUUUAACUCUGGUUUUUAUAGUGGUGCGUAUGCUUCCCUUUCAUGAAUGGAGAGGAUCCAACUAAAUCAGUCUCCUCAGCAAUACUGUUGAUUUUGUGUGAUGCUGUGGGAUGAUUUGGGAAAACUGGAAGGUACUUUGUAUGUGUGAUGUUGAGGAUCCAUGGACGUACUGUAAGUUUCUGAUGCAUUUGACAUAUGUAUGAGUUCCUUUAUCUUUUAUCAUGGAAAUAAAUAAAGAUGUUUUUUACCGAG